CAUCAUCACAAGCACGAGUAAUAUGUGAACGAGUGAUCCCUCGUCCUUCUAACAUGAAUGUAUGGUCCGGCACAAUAUCGCUGGAUGGAGGCACACAACUCCAAGGCCUACAAUUAAUUGACCGGUCGUCAAACUGGCAAUCCGACAUUGGCAGAGACUCCGCGCUCAGUCUUCGCUGUUUCGUUAACCCGUCCCUCAUACCACUCUAUGCGCGAUGUGGUCCCAACCUCGAACUCCACACGAAUAGCCCGCAGACCUCGCAAUGGCUGAAGGACAAGCUGACGGGCACUAUCUGGUUGGAAGAUGAUGAUUUGGAUCGGAUCCAGACCCUACAAUGCCCAAUUGGGCUGCUCGUGGGGAUUGAUAAUGAUGGGCGAACAAAGCCCUCUGAAACCAACACGACCGAUCUCUUGAUACAUGGGAUGUUGUCCAUGACGACUUCCUAUGAACGACCGCCCACCCCGCCUGUCUCUUCACCGGAGCUAGACCACCAACCGUCCCAUGUUGUUAGACAAGAACUGAGAAUAUACGCCACUCCGAUCUCUGCACAUCUCAUUGCCAAAUCUCAGUCUCUCCCAUCUCCACAAGAUACCGAUGGCCACGGCCAAUCCCCUCAGUUCCUUCCGGACAUUCGCUCGCCCAGCCCCAAGCGCAGACGUGUAGCGACGCUCUUUGAAUCAGUGGCGCAGCAUCAUAAAAGGGUACGACAGAAGGGAGGUGAGGCUGUAUCGCAAUUAAUGGCGCGAUCACUUUCUCAGUCGUCCCAGCAACUGCAAGGUCUUCGGGUUAAACGAGAGUCAGAGGAGCCUUCUCUUCCCCAGUUGGACCGUAUCGCCUCACAACGGUCCCGGUCUGUAUCUAUCGGGGCGAAUCUCAGCUCCAAACUUCUGGAAGCUCGGUCGGAGCAGUCACGGCCUAGCAGCAGACGAGGCUACGUGCGCGAACUGAAAUCACGGCGAGGCACGCCAAACCCGUUUGUGGAGUCAUCAUUACGAAAGGAAAGAGAACUGUCCCCGGAAUUGCCAUCUGAAGGGAAAUUUGAGUCUCCAGCUACGCCCAAGGAUGCAGAAACCAUUAUUGCCGAGAACAAAAACACGAUAACACGGACAAUUCUGACCUGCAUGCGGCUUUAUGGCUUCAACCGUGCUACAACGCGCUCUGCGAGCUCGAGUAGGCCGCAAACCGGGACCGGUAGCCACGAUAUGGCCCCUGCAAAUGGGGAGGAUAUUUCCAAUACCGAUGAAGAUGAAUUCAAGGCUAUGUACCAUGCGACCUAUCGCGCAUCAACCUUUGCACUGCGGAAGUACCUGAAAGAGCCGUCUGCAGGCGAAGACGGCUCGCCGAAUAAGCCACCACUGUUGGAGAAGGGGAAGGCAAUGACGUACAUCGAUGAGGUUUUGAAACUGUUUUGUGAAGAGAAUUGAGUCUGUCUGGCACAGAUAACGAGUGAUGAGUUACGAAGUAUAUAGCAUAGCGAUAUUAUUUGAGGCCAGGAAGCUAUCAAUGUUUACCCUUGUUUACCCAAGGUGUAUACCGCCUCGUCGCAGCAUGGUAUACAUGCCAC